UCUACACCAAAACGAAUGGAGAAAACAGCUUGCACAAAAAAAUGGCAGGAGUUUUUGUGUUUAUUCUAGUCACCUAUCGGGUUCUGCUCGUCAAUGCUUCAUUUCAGUCCGCACUUGUUUUGGAUAUGGCUAAAAUUCUGCUCGACAACUACUGCUUCCCGGAGAAUCUCAUCGGGAUGCAGGAGGCAAUCCAACAAGCUAUAAACAGCGGAGAGAUCCUUCACAUCUCCGAUCGGAAAACGCUGGCAUCUGUACUGACUGCUGGCGUUCAAGGUGCACUCAAUGACCCCAGACUGACGGUGUCUUACGAGCCUAAUUAUACUCUGAUCACGCCACCUGCAUUGCACUCGCUGCCUACCGAACAGCUGAUACGGCUAAUCAGGAGUACUGUUAAACUGGAGGUGAUGGAUAAUAAUAUCGGUUACCUGAGGAUUGACCGGAUUAUAGGUCAGGAGACGGUGGUAAAACUGGGACGCCUCCUUCACAAUAACAUCUGGAAGAAGGUUGCACAUACGUCAGCGAUGAUCUUUGAUUUGCGCUUCAGCACUGCUGGAGAGCUUUCCGGUCUGCCAUAUAUCGUGUCCUAUUUUUCAGAUUCUGAUCCACUUUUGCAUAUCGACACAAUUUAUGAGAGACCCACCAAUAUUACGAGGGAGUUAUGGACACUGCCGACUCUCCUGGGGGAGAGAUUCGGGAAACGCAAGGAUUUGAUUGUUUUAAUCAGCAAGCGCACGAUUGGUGCUGCUGAAGGGGUUGCUUAUAUCUUAAAACAUCUAAAGCGAGCUGUGAUUAUUGGAGAAAGGUCGGCUGGGGGGUCGGUUAGGGUUGAUAAGUUAAAGAUAGGGGACUCUGGGUUUUAUAUUACAGUCCCUGUUGCUAGAUCUGUGAACCCUGUUACGGGGCAAAGCUGGGAGGUGAGUGGAGUGGCUCCAUCAGUCACGGUCAACCCAAAGGAAAGCAUUGCUAAAGCUAAAUCUCUCAUUUCUGUCAGGAAGACAAUCCCAAAAGCUGUUAGAAGAGUGUCUGAUAUAAUUAAGCGAUAUUAUUCGUUUAAAGAUAAAAUCCCGGCUUUGCUAAAUCAACUAGCCAAAGCUGACUAUUUCACAGUGGUCUCUGAGGAGGAUUUGGCGGGAAAACUUAAUCAUGAGAUGCAGUCAGUCUUUGAAGACCCUCGGUUGCUUAUUAAAGCAACGCAAGUAUUGACAGACGAUGCAUCUUCUGAGGAUCGAUCAUCUUCGGAUGAUCUCACUGAUCCAUUAUUCAAGUUAGAAAUGAUUUCCGGAAACAAUGGAUAUCUGCGCUUUGACAGGUUCCCUACACCUGAGGUUUUGUUAAGACUGGAGGAUCAUAUCAAAAAGAAGAUCUGGCAACCAGUCCAAGAGACAGAGAAUCUUGUUAUUGAUCUGCGAUUUAACACUGGUGGAUCCACCGAGGCAUUGCCGAUAUUGCUUUCCUACAUGUUCGACACAUCAUCGAGUACCUACCUCUUUUCAAUUUACGACAGCAUCAAAAACACGACCUUCGAUUUUCACACCCUCAAUAACAUCAGUGGACCAUCCUAUGGCUCCACAAAGGGUGUUUAUGUUUUAACAAGCUAUUACACAGCAGAAGCAGGAGAGGAGUUUGCUUACCUAAUGCAGUCCUUGCACAGAGGAACCGUUAUUGGGGAAAUCACCUCAGGAAUGCUCCUACACUCCAAGACUUUUCAGAUUGAACAAACAAGCCUUGCCAUCACAGUCCCAAUCAUAAAUUUCAUUGAUGUAAAUGGGGAGUGCUGGCUUGGAGGCGGCGUCGUUCCUGAUGCCAUCGUGCUCGCUGAAGAAGCACUCGAGCGAGCUCAUGAAAUCAUUGCCUUUCACAAGAAUAUUCAGGGAUUGGUGCAAGAAGCUGGAGAUCUCUUGGAAAAACAUUACAGUGUGCCUGAGGUUGCAGCUAAAGUGAGUAGACUGUUGCAGUCUAAACUAACCGAGGGACUGUACCGCUCUGUUGUCGACUAUGAAUCUCUUGCAUCUCAGCUCACUUCAGAUCUCCAAGAGACCUCGGGUGAUCAGAGACUGCAUAUUUUUUACUGUGAAACUGAGCCGGAAACUCUUCAUGAUACUCCUAAAAUCCCUUCCCCUGAAGAGGCAGGGUUCAUCGUUGAGGCCUUGUUCAAAGUAGAUGUGAUGUCUGGAAAUAUUGGCUAUUUGAGAUUCGACAUGAUGGAAGACAUAAAGGUUCUGCAAGCAAUUAAUCCCGAGUUCCUCAAAGUCGUAUGGAACAAGCUGGUGAACACAGACAUGCUCAUAAUUGACGUGAGAUAUAACACCGGCGGAUACUCUACAGCUAUUCCUCUACUUUGCACCUAUUUUUUUGAUGCACAACCGCUGACACACAUUUACACCCUUUUUGACCGCUCCACAGCAACUGUGACCAAAGUUACGACUCUUCCAGAUGUGCUUGGACAGAAGUACAGCUCUCAGAAAGAUGUUUAUAUUUUGACAAGUCACAUAACUGGAUCAGCCGCUGAGGCAUUUACUAGAACAAUGAAAGACCUGAAAAGGGCCACUGUAAUCGGAGAGCCCACAAUUGGAGGUGCUCUCUCGAGUGGAACUUACCAAAUCGGGAAUAGCAUCCUUUAUGCUUCGAUUCCCAAUCAGGCAGUUCUGAAUGCAGUUACUGGAAAACCAUGGAGCAUUUCAGGAGUUGAACCACAUAUAGUAGCUCAAGCAAGUGAUGCACUUAUUGUUGCACAGAAAAUCAUAGCACUUCGUGCAGAAAUUCCAGCAUUGGCUCAGGCAGCCGCCACGCUGAUUGCAGACAACUAUGCAUUUCCGAGCAUCGGGGAACAUGUCGCGGAGAAGCUGGAAGCUGUUGUGGCCGGUGGAGAAUACAACCUGAUCUCCACAAAAGAAGACUUGGAAGAAAGACUAUCCGAGGAUCUCCUAAAACUGUCAGAGGAUAAGUGUCUGAAGACCACCAGCAACAUCCCUGCUCUUCCUCCAAUGAAUCCCACACCCGAGAUGUUCAUCGCGCUCAUCAAAAGUUCCUUCCAAACUGAUGUUUUUGAAAACAACAUUGGCUACCUUCGCUUUGACAUGUUUGGGGAUUUCGAGCAUGUUGCGACCAUUGCUCAGAUCAUAGUGGAACAUGUCUGGAACAAAGUGGUGGACACUGACGCACUGAUCAUUGAUCUGAGAAAUAACAUCGGUGGGCAUGCCUCCUCCAUUGCUGGCUUUUGCUCCUAUUUCUUUGAUGCUGACAAGCAAAUUGUUUUAGACCACAUCUAUGACAGACCCUCCAAUACCACACGAGAUCUUCAGACCCUUGAACAGCUCACAGGCAGGAGAUAUGGCAGCAAGAAAAGUGUGGUAAUCCUCACCAGUGGUGUGACCGCCGGUGCCGCUGAAGAGUUUGUUUUCAUCAUGAAGAGGUUGGGACGUGCAAUGAUAAUUGGCGAGACGACCCAUGGAGGCUGUCAACCUCCGGAAACCUUCGCUGUGGGCGAAAGCGACAUCUUCCUUUCUAUUCCAAUCAGCCAUUCAGACACUGCUCAGGGUCCAUCUUGGGAGGGUGCUGGCAUUGCUCCUCAUAUCCCAGUGCCCGCUGGUGCCGCCCUCGACACAGCAAAGGGCAUGCUCAACAAGCAUUUUUCCGGCCAAAAAUAAGUUGUUCAUCUGGGCCUGGAACGGAAGCCAAAUGAUAUAGUGAAUUUAGAUUGAUGGCAUAUCAUGAAGAGGCUGUUAUAAUGUGUGUAGACCAAUAAGGUGAUGUUUAGAAGACACAGUCAAGCCUUCAGUUCUAUUUCUCCAUUAUUUCUUAAGUGUUCAAUCUAAAGUCUGCAAUCUCUGAGAAACAGUCAGUAAAGGAGAACGCAAAUAAUCUCAGUGAUCACUUAGAAUAGGCCUGUUCUGAACUUGAUAUACUGUAUAAAUACCAGUGUUGGGAACUAUUCCUUAUGCACAUUAAAACUCAUUUAUGCUCAUCUGUACAGUACAAGCAUAUCAACACACUUGUUUCAAAUGUAACUCGAAGCUUUGCAGUAUAUAUUUUUGGGAAAACUGUAAGACUGUGGAGUUAUAUUGAAACUAAAUUAUGAAGCGUAAUAAAUUCCACAUGGUAACUGUUUUAA